GCUCGAGCUCAAAGGGCCGCCCGCCGCCCGCGCCCUUCAAGUGAAGCCGAACGAAGCCAACCGAUCGUCUACGCGCAGAAGUGGCCCCUCGCCAACCACGCACUCCUGCGUGCGGCCGAGCCGCAUGCCCAGCAGCAGCAUGUGCCGCCGGCGCGGCAGCAUCACUCCCGGCCGCCUCCUCGUGGCGCUGCUUGCGGCGUCCGCGGGCGGGGCCCGCGCGGCCCGCGUGCGCGCGGCCGCCCGGCUUUCCGCGGGCGCACACCGGCUCCUCGACGGCCUGCUCGGCGCGCCCUCGGCAGCGGCACCGCCGGGCCCGGCCGAGGCCGCCGCCGCCGUGGUGGACUUCCUCCGGGCUGGCGGCGCCGGCGGGGGGGGCAACGCCACGGCGGCGGCACGGCCGGCGUGCGCGGGCUUCCUGGCGAGGAGCCUGGGCGGCCUGAACGAGUCGUGGUCCGACGUCCAACUGGAGGCCGCGCUGAACAGCACGUGCUCCGAGAGGGCUCUGUUCACGAAGGUAGUCACCAACGGCUCGGCCGAGCACCUGGACUGCCUCUCCUUCUCCUCGCGCCUGGCCCGCGCGCGCCGGGCGGGCGCGGCGAACGGCAGCAGCUCCGCGGGCUACGCGGCCGUCUGCGAAGAAUACGCGGUACUGGUGUCGAAGCAGGGUCCUGAUGAAUCGUCCACAGAACUGGCCGCCGAGGAAGAGGCAGAGGCUGGUACUGGCUUCAUCUGGAUCGUUCAGGUAAUCUUUGGCGUCGUGUACUACUUCACGGUCGUGUCGAAGUACCCGGUGGUGAAGGAAGGCCCAGAGGCGAUCCCCGAAGAGCACCCGGCGAAGCUGCUGCAGGACCAGAACGAGCUCAGCUCGCUCACGAAAGUGAGCCCCACCAACUGCAUGUUGUCGUUCUGCUGCCCUGCGGCUCGCGCCUCGCACACGUUCCACUCCACGGAGACCCUCAACUACUGGAUCUCGUGCGGCAUCAUGACGUGCUUCCCGUUCUGGGGCACAUGCUGCGCGCUCUUCAUCGCGAACUCUUGCACGCCGAUGAACAGGAAGCUCGGGGGCGAGGAGAGGAACGUUGUGAUGAGCCUCGUCUGCACGUGGUGCUGCCCGUGCUGCGUCAUCGCGCAGGACGCCGAGAGCAUGGACCUCCUGGUCGGCGUGAAGACGGGCGUGUGCGGCGUGACCCAGGCCGAGAACUGAGAGAAGCCCGGGCGCGCCGAGCCGAGUGCACCACCAGGAUCAGGCACCGGAGCGAGCAUUGGAUGCUCCGAGGUCUCUCCUGGGUCUCGCGGGUCCGCGCAGCGCCUCCCCCACGCCUCCCGCGACGCCUUUGGCGCCGCCCAUGGCGCGCUUCCUCUUGGAUGCCCCUUCACGGCGUGUGCGGG